AUUGAGCUGGACAAGCCCGUUCAUUGGGUUAUUAUACCAUGCGCCGUUGUGGACAAAAGGCGCCAAAACAGUUGCCGGGAAAAUCACAGUGAAAAUACAAGCGCGCCAAACUUUCAAAAAACCACUAAAUGGCGAACCAACCAAUCCCCCCAAAACUCCCUCAUCCCGCCAUUUAUCAUCCUCGGGCGCUCCUCCAUUCUUAGUUUCACCAUUCCCUUCGCCUUUGAGAGAUCAAACUCCAGCUGAGAAACCCCCUCCAAAUGGAUAUCUCCGAAAUCGCAAAGCGGCUCGGCCUCUCCGACUCCAAGCAACUGGUUCGGAAAGCCGCCGAGAUCCGCCGUCUCUGCGACGUCCAGUUCGACUCCUCCGUCAUCGGAGUGGGGGAGGUAUCUAAGGCUGUAAUGUGCUUGGAGAUUGCCGCCACGAGGUUUCAAGUGAUAUUCGAUAGACGGGCAGCAACAAAAUUGAGCGGAUUGUCGGAGAAGGCUUACACCAGAUCGUUCAAUCUGCUUCAGAAUAGCAUUGGUGUCAAGACAAAGCUGGAUGUGAGAGAAUUGGCUAUUCAGUUCGGAUGUGUUAGGAUCAUCCCUUCAGUGCAGAAGGGUUUAUCACUGUACAAGGACCGGUUUCUUGCAUCUUUGCCAGCUUCAAGGCGUGCGGGUGCUGACUUCACCAGGCCUGUGUUCACUGCUGUUGCAUUCUAUCUUUCUGCAAAGAAGCAGAAACUGAAGAUAGACAAAGAUAAACUCAUUGAAGUAUGUGGCACAUCCGAAUCUGAAUUCCUAUCUGUCUCAACCUGCAUGAAAGAUCUCUGCUAUGAUGUCUUUGGCAUCUCAAAGGAAAAGUUGGAUCCAAGAGAGGUGAAAGGGAACCGAGAUUUGCUUGAUGCGUUACCCGAGAAAAGGACGGUGGAGGAAGGCGGUUAUCUAUCUGAUGAUGGACCAGAGGUUUCCAGCUACAAGAAGCGCAAAAGGACGGAGAAGGCAGGCUAUGAGAAAUGGAAAUCCACUGUGAUGGAAUCGAAUAAGAAUAACUCGAAAGGUUCCUGCAAGAAAGCCAGGCAAACUAGCCUCAACUUUCUCAGAGAAGUUCCUAAUGGCAACACAAAUGAACUGGAGGCUUAACUUGAGGGAUAGGCUCUCUCUAGUCUCUACCCUGGUGUACUUGUGUUCUUCCCAUCAUCAAUUUUGUUUCCCAUCACUGUGUACAGAAUCACAACCGCCAGUUUUGGAAAUCACAGCUAUGAUAUCCUACAGCUUAAAUUAAUUUUAACAACUACCAUAUGAAGCUCUGCACUGAAGCU